AUGGCAGACACUCUCCGCGUCCGAUCGAGCAUUCAAGGCAUUGUGCUUCAAACAGUAAAGAUCUCAGUGUUGCUUUUCCAGAAUCGAGUUCAUAUCUACAAUUUCCUGCUUCUGAAGAUCUUCGUCUUCAACCACUGGGUGUCAGGGUUGGCCCAGGAAGCAGAGGGCUCUGUGCUCCUGGCCCCUGCCCCAUCCCGCUCCUGCCUCUUCUGUCCCCUGGGCUCCGUAAUGAGGAGCCUGGUGACCCUGUGGAGUGCUCUGCUGCUCCUGGCUCUCCGUCUACCCGGCCUGGUCCUCAGUCGCAUGUUCAACUCUCACUUCACCUUUUGCCAUCUCUGCCAAGUGGCCUGUAGCCACCUGGGUUUCUUCUGGGGCAUCUGGAAGAAUCUGCUCCAUUAUUGGCUUCAAAGCUUGCUAUUUGGGGUCCUGCUGGUCCUCCUGGUCACUUGGAGGCUUUGCCAGACAGUCCACCGCUUCACCAUCAAGCAGCUGAAGCGACUGGCGCUGCUGGAUAACCGGUUUUCCCUGGAGUUCCUGGGCCUGUUGAAGGAGCUGUACUGGCAGCUGGAGAGCACAGCAGCCCUUACCUCUUGGCACCUGGCCUACGUAGUCACCUGGGCCACCUGCCUGGCCUCCCACAUGCUCCAGGAUGCCUUUGAGCACACGGCCCAACUGGCCCAGGCCCAAGAAGGGGAGAUGGACAUGAUAUGGGAGGACAGUACCAUGGAGUCAUCGCUUCCUGAGGAGCUCAAAGAUCUGGAUGAAUAA